AAAAUAAAACAAAAAAUAUAAAUUUUCUGGAAAAUCCAAACAAUACCUGGAUUCUUCAUAUUGAUUCUUUGAUUCCCUUUUCUGGGGUCAGAGGAUCAUCCUUUCCUUCCUUCCCCUAUAAAUUUCUCUACCUAUACAUACACAUAUACAUACAAAUAAUAUAUACUGGUGCAGUUGUAUGUGCAUUGCUGUUUUCAUCAAGAAGUAUAUAAAAUUUUAGAUUUUACGCGACCCUUUUGUUUCUUUAAGGGUUCUUGUCAGUUUUUUCAAGAAUCAAGUGAAAAGAUUGUACUUUUAAGGGUUCUUGCAUAUAUAUAUAAAAAAGAUUUAUGUGCAUUGUGGUUUUCAAAUGAAAAUACAAAAAAAUUGAAGGGGACAAUGGAGGGUUGGCUUUAUAUAAUACGUCAUAAUCGAAUUGGGCUUCAAUAUUCACGUAAAAGAUACUUCAUUCUUGAUGGGAAUUGUCUCAAGAGCUUCAAAUCAAUACCCUCUUCAGAAGCAGAUACACAGGAGCAAGUGAGAAGUGCUAUUAUAGACUCUUGCAUCAGGGUCACGGAUGAAGGAAGAGAGAGUUCUUACAGAAAAGUAUUCUUCAUUUUCUCCUUACAUAAUACUUCUAAUCACAAGGAUCAGCUUAAGUUGGGAGCAACCAGUCCAGAAGAAGCUGCAAGAUGGAUUCAACAUCUACGGGACGUUGCACUUAACCCCGAAGCCAACCUUGUGUCUUGUUCAAAGAGAAAGUGGCAACCUUUUAGAGCUUUUGAUGGUGUUUUGAAGAGGACGUCAAAUAAAGAAUCAAUAGACUGGAUAUCUGCAGCUUCCAUGCAUGUACAUGCAAUGACUUCCGACGUUAUUGCACCUUCACCAUGGCAAAUAUUUGGCUGUCAAAAUGGUUUACGACUGUUCAAAGAAUCAAAAGAUAGGAAUUCCGGUGGAAGAAGGCGUUUGGAUGACCCCCCAGCACUAAUGGCCGUUGGUGUGGUAGAUGGAACUUCAGAGGCAAUUUUUCAAACUGUAAUGUCUCUUGGUUCCUCUAGAUCAGAAUGGGACUUCUGUUUUUCUGGUGGCAGCGUGAUUGAGCAUCUUAAUGGUCAUACAGAUAUAAUUCACAUGAAAGUCUAUAAUGAUUGGCUGGCAUGGGGGGCACAUCGAAGAGAUUUUUUGUUGCGGCGCUACUGGAGGAGGGAGGAUGAUGGAACCUACGUUAUACUCUACCAUUCUGUAUACCACAGAAGAUGUCCACCACAUCGUGGCUAUGUUCGUGCUUGCCUUAAAAGCGGUGGAUAUGUUAUAACACCUGUGAACCAUGGAAAAGAAUCAGUAGUUAAGCACAUGUUGGCUAUUGAUUGGAAGUUGUGGAAACCCUAUCUACCAAAACCUUAUGCAAGAUCCAGAACUGUCCGUAUGCUCGAGAGAGUUGCAGCUUUAAGAGAGAUGUUUAGAACAAAAGCAGGGAACCCUUCUGAUUGUUCAUCAGAGGUUGCUAGUGAUACUGAUUUGCCUCAAAUAGAAAAGGGGACUAUUAACAAAGAAGUCAAUAUAGUGGUUGGAGAGGAAAAAUCAGGAGUUGAGCGGGAAAAAAUAUCAGGGUCUUCAAGUCUCAUGGAUUUGCAUAAUAUGUCAGACGAGUUUUAUGAUGUACCAGAACCAAUUGAUGAGUACCAAUCAGACAAUGAAUGGACUUCUGACAAGAGUCAAGACGGUCACUACAGGGAGACUACCCAGCCUAAAUUUUCAAAAGCUGCCAAUUUUGUGAAAAAGUUUCAUGAACGUGCAGUUCAAAAGAAAGGUUACAAGGACUUACAAGAGUUGUCUUGGGAAGAAAAUGUUUCACACAUUUACGGCUCCACUCUUCCAAAUGACUCGAGUUGUAAUCUUCCCUGCAGUUGGGCACCUGCUGAUCCUUCAGCUUUUCUAAUACGAGAAAAGACCUAUCUUCGGGAUGGUCAGAAGGGCAAGGCAAAAGGCACUCUGAUGGAAUUUAUUGGUGCAGAUUGGAUCAAAUCAAACAAGCGUGAAGAUGAUCUUGGUGGCCGUCCUGGUGGCAUUACUCAGAAAUAUGCUGCUGAGGGUGGACCAGAAUUCUUCUUCAUUAUUAAUAUACAGGUCCCUGGUACACCUAUGUACAGUUUGGCCUUUUAUUAUAUGAUGAGUACUCCUUUGGAAGAUUCUCCUUUGCUAGAGAACUUUGUCAAUGGAGAUGACACUUAUAGGAACGCAAGGUUUAAACUCAUACCAUAUAUUUCUAAGGGAUCGUGGAUUGUAAAGCAGAGUGUAGGAAAGAAAGCUUGUUUGUUGGGUCAAGCACUUCAAGUUAAUUACUUUCGUGGAAAAAACUACUUGGAGCUUGAUGUUGACGUGGGGUCAUCAACUGUGGCAAGGGGCGUAGUCAGUCUAGUUCUUGGAUACCUGAACAAUCUCGUGAUAGAAAUGGCUUUCUUAAUACAGGCGGACACAUACGAGGAGCUACCAGAAUUCCUCCUAGGAACAUGUCGUCUUAACCAUUUGGAUGCCGCAAAAUCAGUUCCAAUUGAGACUAUGCCUGAUCGAAGUUAAAGAUAGCAUACAUUCUCGACUGCAGAUAAAAAUGUUCAGAUUAUAGCAAAAAAGAUCGUCUCGAAUGUUUCAUGUAAUGCAUUGCUCCUUAUAUCUCCACAAGUAAAGGUUAAUACAAGAAAGAGGUGAAUUGAAAGAGGCAAUUUGUGGAUAGAGUGGGUGGAAUUUAAAUUGUAUAUAUUAGUAAAGAGUUUGUCUAUUGUUAGAUCACACUUCAUCGUUUACAAGAUGAGAAUGUUAUUUUAGCCAGUGUUUUCGCUCAGCUGAAAUCUGCAGUUUGCUCAGAGCUACAUCUGGUAUUAUUUUUGUAAACAGCAACAGUUUUUUUGCUGAAAAUCACGUAAAUAUUUUUUAUGUAAAUUUAAAAAACAAUUUUUUUGAAUA